AUGCCAGCACCAAAACCACCGCCGCCACCUCCACUGCACAGCUUGCACGACGAGGCAAUGAUGUCGAUGCACGACGAGGCACUCUUGUCACUAUCCAAUGAGAGCUGGUCCCCUCCUCGCCAGCACCAGCCGCAGCACGUUCCGCCACCAAAACACCUAGCUCCCAUGGCGAUUGCGGCCGCGCCGCCAGCACCGGAAUUCGAUGAGGCGGCCGAAGCAACCCGUCAAGCCACGCCGAAGUAUGCGGAGCCAAGGCCUCCUUUCCAUCCGAAGAGCAGUGCGCAGUCCAUGCCUUUCGCUUUCGGAGAUGGGGCACCACCUUCAGGUCUUGCGUUACCCUCUCCGAAAUUGCCGCCUGUACCACCUGUACCACCGCCUCGGUCGGACAGGUUUGUUGACGAGCUCGAAGGACAGUGGCAACUACAGGCACAACGGCCAAAGCAGCCGAGUGUGGCCCGUGACGAUCUGACUGAGCUUGACAGGCUGAUGGCAGAUUAUGGUGAGAGUAUGGAAUAUUUCCCUGAAGCACCGCCUCGGACUUCCUUUAUUCAGGCCGAAUCUGCUGAAAGUGCGCAGGCCCCCUCUGUGUCUCCUGACCAGGAAAAGCAGAGUCUACCGAUCAUUGCGCAGAAGCGGAAGCAGCUUCGAGAAGAAACAACUCAAGAACGACAAAGAGCUAAGGAGGAGGAGAGGCUGAAGAAAGAACGACAAGAACAAGAAACCAUGCGCAGGUACCAAGAGGAACUUUCCAUGGUUGAGAACCGGGAAGUCGAGACCCAACGACCGAAGCAGCCGAGUGUGCCAGGGCUGGCCUGUGGACUGACUGCUCUUGACAGGAUGAUGGCACAGGAUGAGCAGAAUGUGGAGUAUUUGCCAGAAGCGCCGCCUCCGCCUCCUCCGCCUCCACCUUCCCUGGAGCAGGCGGAACCUGCUGAAAGUGCGCAGGCCCCUUCGGUGUCUCCUGAGCAGGAGACAAUGGAAGAUUACCAAAAGCGUGGUCUGAUGGGCGCCCUUCAGGAGAAAAAACGAAUGCUGGAAGAGAAAGAAAGAGUCAAGGAGGAGGAGAGGCUGAAGAAAGAACGACAAGAUAAAGAAAACAUGCGCAGGUUCAAUGAGGAACUCCAAAUGGAUGAGAAACGGAAAGCCGAGGACAGGAAGGAAUUGAUGAAGCAUGAGGAGGAACGCAAGGAAGAGCAGCGUAAGAAAGAGGAACAAGAGCAAAUUCAGAAGCAGAUCCAUGAGGAGCUGCAACGGCAAGCUGCGUUGAGAGCUGCGGAGUCUGCGGCCGCUGAAGCAAAGAAAAAGGAGGAAGAAACAAAGAGGUUGCAAGCUUUGCGCCAGGAGCCGCCGACGCAUCUUCAGCAGGAGACGAAUGGGAUUUCAGGACCUUCACUAUCUUCCAUUGUGAAUGACCAGAUCCAGCACACCGCCGACCAGCUGCGUGCCUUCCAGGCUCAACAAACCCAACAGAUGCUGGCACAGCAAGCGCAGCUUCAAAUGCAGCAGCAUCAGCAGAUGCUCCAACAAGAUCAGCAGAAUCAGCAGAUCUAUCCGACGGGUCAGACGGGCUUUCAAAACAACUUCCAGCAAGGCUUCCAACCGCAGCAAACUUUCCAGGCUUCGAACAUGGCUUCGAACAUACCUUCCAAUUCGAACUGCCUGCUGCCACAGAACCAGCAAUUCCAGCUGCAUCAGCAGCAACAGCAGCAGCAGCAGCAGCAGGGCUUUAUGUCCCAAUCAUCUCUCCAGCCAAUGGGUUCCCAAUACCAGCCAUCUCUGCAGCCUCAAUUCCAGCAGCAAAUGUAUCAGCAACAGCAAUUCCAGCAGCCGCAGUUUCAGCAGCUUCAACAGCAACAGUUCGGGCAACCAACAUUUUCGCAGCAACAGUACAUGCAGAUGCAACAGCAACAGCAACAGCAACAGCAGUUUCAGCUUCAACAGCAGCAGCAGCUGCAGCAGCAGGGCUUCAUGCAACAGCAACCCAGGAUGUACUGA